CCGGGCCCGAGAAAAGAGAUAGCUUAGAUACGGGUAUAGGAUGCGCUUAUCCGCGGGGUACGCAACGAUUCUGGUUAGCUUCCAAACAAUCUUUCCUCGGAUUGUCAUCAACCUAUGCCAAGAAAACAGAUGGUGUUUCUUCGUUGUAAGUCAUUGUUGGUAUUGAGAUCAGAUUGAGAUUGAGGUAAUAGCAAAUAGUGGUACGGGUGAUGAUUCUUUGCACGGAAAGAAUCACAGACAAACUGAAUUCUAACUGAACGCUCUCCAUCAGCUUAGGAACUAUAAUCCUCUCUAACCAUACCUAGACUAAGUACCACCACCAAACCACGUCAACAACCAUCGCAGACUUCAACAAAACACCCUUGAAGCUGAAGCCAAGCAAGAAUCUACAACGAUGUCCACCUCAUCACCUUCCCGUGAGCGCCGGCGUCUUGUAGGCGUUUCAACAAAAAUGUACUUCUCCCACGCCCGCACCACCAACUUCAUCACCUCCUUCCUCGACCUCAUGCAGCACCACACCUCCACCAAAACCGAGCAGUCCACCAACAGAAACAAUCUGGCUGCCGCCCUCGCCUCCAAGAUCGACAUAUUCAUCAUCCCCGACCACCUCUCUUUGCAGUCUGCCAUCAACCGCACCGCGAACCACACAAGUCAAUCUGACCCAACAGAUCCCAAAAUCCUCUUCGGCGCGCAAAACUGCCACUGGGAAGAUUCCGGCCCAUUUACAGGCGAGAUAUCCCCCGCCGUCCUGGCCGAGAUAGGGUGCAGAAUAGUCGAACUCAACCAUGCCGAACGGCGCCGCCACUUUGCCGAAACAGAUGCCACCACCUGCCUCAAAGCUCAAGCAGUCAUAAGAAACGGAAUGAUCCCCCUCAUCUGCGUUGGUGAAGGUUCCCCUGGUCAAACACCUGCCUCGAGCGAGGUAGCGAUCAGAAAAGCGGCGGAGGAGGUGGUGAACCAAGUAGAACUUUGCCUAGAGGGUGUUGACCCCACUAAAGAAGUUUGGCUAGCUUACGAACCUGUUUGGGCUAUUGGUGCGAAGGAGCCUGCGGGGGUGGAACAUGUGAGGGGUGUGGUGAGGACUAUACGAAAAAGUGAGGUGGUGAGGGGGAGGGAGGAAAGGGGCGGGGUGACGAGGAUUUUGUAUGGAGGGAGCGCGGGGCCGGGUUUGUUUGAACAACUGAAAGAGGAAGAUGGAGUGGAUGGGUUGUUUUUGGGCAGGUUUGCGCAUGAGGAGGGGCAGUUUUGGAAGACGAUUUGUGAGGUUGCUGAGGUUGGGUGGGAAGGGAGGUGAGGUCUUAAUUGUUUUUGGACGUACGGAGGAAUUUAACUUGCGAUGAGUGUAUUGGAACAGCUCAGCCAUCGUGGAUUGCAAAUGCGUAUGAACUGCUUGUGCUUGAAGAAUAAGGACGAGUGAUGAGCAGUGAAGUAAUUUAAGGUCGCCAAUCAAAGUCUACGGGCAGCCCUCUUGGCC